AAAAAAAAAAAGUCGCUCCGUUUUUUCACUUACAAUUAAUCGGAGCUGCCAUGUGGAGGCACGUGGGUGUUGUCUUGUCUUUUAUUAAAACGGUUUGUUUUACUGUUUGCCAAAAUCAAGUUGGGAUGCAAACAUCCAGUGGGUCUAAUAAUGCAAGAAAUCGCCUCUACCACGAGUCCUGAUAUUCAGCAAGAGAAACUAAUCCUACCUGCGAAUUUAGGAGUUGUUUCACACUGCUAGAUUUAAGAAGUCAUGCCGAAAUCCUGAUUUUUAUUUUAUUUAUUUAUUUUUUUUUUAAUGUAGGCGUGUUGCAGUCUGUCCCGACUAUCGUAAAGCAAAUGGUGGUCACGUUAAAACUCUUUCGCUGUCUUCUGGUGUGUUUAGACCCUGUUCAAAAACGUUUAUCCUUUCUAGCUGUUUGGUCGGCUGUUACUUGAAAAGUCAGGAGAUUUGGCCUCCCAGGCAAGGAUCAUGUUGAUGCACCCAACAUGUCGGUCCUUUUUUUCCCCUUAUUAAUGCUAAGGCACCAUGUUACGUUUCAGACAUAAAGGUGUAUAAGUUCAAAAGCAUUCGGCACAAGUCCUGCGCAUCCGAACCCAACCUUGUUGCGUGGCUAAAAAUGGUUUUUUUUUUUCCUUAAUUAUAUGUGUUCUAUAACACUAGUUUUUACUCUCUUCAUAAGUGACCAUCACAUCUUGCUUAAAAUACAGAACAUUAAUGCAAAUUUUCAGGACUUAAACCAUUACCAGUGUCUGAAAAUCAGACUUCAGUGAAAAUCAAAAACUUCAAUAAAAAUAUGUAUGAGUAUGUCCCCUAAAUUGUCUUGGAUCCUGAAUAAUUAUAACACGGAUGAUCCUGGACUCUAACUGCAGCAUUUAAAGUUUGUUUUUGUUUCUUAUCAUCCAUAGCAAUGUGUGUAACUAAUAUUCUUCAAGCCUUUGUUUUCAAUAUCCUCAUCCAACCCUUAGUAGGAAGGUUAGUACUUCAACCUAAAACAUGUGAUGCAAAACUAAAUAUGGGGAAGCAGUUUUUCAUGGCCUUGGGCAGUUUUGCUAAUGCCAGGUUCUAUACUGCAUUCAUUAUAUUUGAUGUUUCAAAACAGACUUUAGUAACAGUCAAGCACAUCCUAAUUGUUUGUUUUUUUUUCUGUAGAUGGUAAAUCAGGCAACUUAUUUUUUUACAAACAAAAUAAUUACACAUUUAUGCCACUUGCAAGAUCAUAGGGAGAAGUAGUAUGGAAACUGCGGAUCACGAAAAAGAUUAGUAAAGAUUGGUCACAUGGAGUGCGUGGAAAACUAAGCGAUAUCUUUUAUGUCAAAAUAAAAAAAUAGAAAAUAAGUUAUUUAAAAAAUUAAAUAACCUGCAGUCUUUCUCCUACUCUGUAGAUCUUUGCCACGAAGAGUUGCUUUUGCCUGUACAGAAGCAGCAGUUAUGUGAUAUAUCAACAUAGUUAAAAAAAUUUUAAAAUUCCUAUUCUUCUUUUCCUGUGCCUGCCGUUGAAAUGAAUGAGGAGUCAAGUGUGGAGAAAAAUUGAUACACAUGAGGAGCAUGACACCUCAACUGAAAAUGCAGAUGAUUCUAACCAUGAUCCUCAGUUUGAGCCUAUAGUUUCUCUUCCUGAGCAAGAGAUCAAGACUCUCGAGGAGGAUGAGGAGGAGCUGUUUAAGAUGCGAGCAAAGUUGUUUCGAUUCGCAUCAGAAAAUGACCUUCCAGAGUGGAAAGAACGAGGAACUGGUGAUGUAAAGCUCCUGAAACACAAGGAGAAAGGAACAAUUCGCCUCCUCAUGAGAAGAGACAAAACCCUAAAAAUCUGUGCAAAUCAUUACAUUACACCUUUAAUGGAGUUGAAGCCUAAUGCUGGAAGUGACAGGGCAUGGGUUUGGAAUACACAUGCUGACUUUGCAGAUGAAAGCCCUAAACCUGAACUCCUGGCAAUCCGAUUUUUAAAUGCAGAAAAUGCACAGAAAUUCAAGGCAAAAUUUGAAGAAUGCAGGAAUGAAGUAGAUAAGAGGUCAAAGAAGGCAGGCACAGACAAAGACAAUAGUGCUGAAAAAGUUGCUGCGAAAUUAGAAGAGCUUUCUGUAAAGGAAGAGAGCAAAGCAGCUGAGAAGAAAGAGACCAAGGAAAAAACUGAAGAAAAGCAAUAAAUCAUCUUGGGCCUUGCGGUUUUUUCCCUUUCUUUUUCUUUAUUUUUUUUAUUUUUAUUUUUACAAGGGACUUUAUAAAGAACUGAAUUCUGACAUUCAAGUUGUUUUUUUCUAAGCUUUUGCCCUUUUGAAGAUGCUUUGAGAAAAUCCAUUUCCCAGUCAUGAAAAUGUACUGUGCUAACUUUCUUUUCCAUAGUGGAAACACUUAUUUAUAGUCAUCCAAAAGAGUUAAUAAAACAAACUUGAAAACAGCAUUAAAGGACAGAACUGAGUUUUCUAUACGCUUCAAAGGCUUAUGACUACAACUCUUACACUGGGUGUUACGUUUUGAAACUUGUAUCUUCAUAAAUGAUGUAAUUAGAUUAAGUGAAUUUUACCAACUGAAAAGAUUAAAAUUACAUAGGUGUUCUUGUAUGGUAUUUGGAUGAUGACUGCUAACAAGCUUAAGCAAAUUGCUUAUACCAGACUUCCUUCUCUUCUUUCCCGUCUUAUCCUUAUGAAAGAUUACUAGAAAACUAAUCUUAAAGGCCUAAUGGCUUUCAGAAGUUUUUUAUGUAUUAAAAGUGCAAGUUCUUCCUUUACCAGUCUACUGUAAGUUGGUGUACUGUCUCUUCACUCAAGUUUUUAUAUUAACAUUGAUAGGGAUAAAUCUAAAUCUUUCUAGCAGUUUGCUAGAAUAUGCCCUAUUUGUUAUCAUAUACUUCAGCUGUCACUUCCUGAAUUUCACACUAAUCUCUUAGCUAUUCAGAACUUCUCUCACAUUAACAAAUUCCAAGGGUUGUGGAAUUAUAAAAGGCCUGGUGAAAGCUGUUUUCCUUAGAGUGAGGAAUUCCUAAUGCAAAUUAAAAAAAAAAAAAAAAUUUAAACAUGCAAGCUGAAACUUAAUGGUGGUUCACAUUUGACAUGAUUCUGUGGCACUCCCCAAAAUGGUAAUAAGUAUUUUAGUGAAAGUUCCUCCCUUAGAAGCAUUUAUAGCAGUUAAUCCAGUGUUCACUUCCUGCUUGAGAAUUAGAAAAUAAGCUGCAGUGGGCACCUCAGCCAUUACUAUCAAAGAAAUUCUCUUUGAAUACUAUUUGAGUCAGUAUCUUAAACUUUUCUUUGUGUUGACAUUGUGUCCUAUUCUUGAAGUGGAGCUAAGUACAAAGUUUAGAUGAAUUUUACUUUUCAACUUGAAGUGUGGUGACAAAAUAUCCAACAAUGUAAUUAAUUGAUCUUGGCAAAGAGGUCUGAAAAGCCUUCCGACUUUCUUUGCCUAGAUUUCUUAACUUAUAAAUUCAUAUUCUUAAGGACCUACUAUACUGUAAAGCAGGGGUAUCAGAUUUAUUUGACCCCCUGGGCCAGAUCUGGAUCCAGCCCCUCCCAAUUCUCCUGGCCCUUCCAGGAGCCCUGUUAGCCACAUGUUUGACACCCCUGAGGUUAAGCGCUUAUCUUCUGUUCAUGCUAGCACUGAUUUUAGGUUCUGGUAAAUUAUUCUUUAAGCUGGAACUACAAACAAGGUGCUUUGCUUUAUAGUAAAUACCUCUUAGAUGUAGUUAGAGUUCACUUUCUUUCCCAGUUGCUUCACUAGAUUUUUCAGACUUUUUCACACGUAUUAUCUGGUGCAGGAGUUGUCCUUUUUAGUCCACAGACAUAAUUGAGAGGGGAAGGAUCAAAUGCUUUGUUCCCUAGGACACUUACAAAUUGUAAACUGAAUGUUCCAACUGUCUCCUCAAGAUGUCAAUGGUAUGCUUGGAAUUUCCACGUUCUUUAAAAUAGCAUUGUCUAUAGGCUGUUUUCAGAUAUUUAAUUUCCUGCCAUCUAAAUGUAAAUGCCAAAACUAUCCAUGAAGAACACUGUAGAUCUAAACUGAUAAUGUUAAGCAGUGUGUUUUAAAUUGGGCAAGCAGGGGCUGGAGUUUAAGUAUCUAAUUUCAAAAUAAAUUUAACUUUAAACUUUGAUUAAAUGAUUUGGGGGUUUUGUUUGUUUGUUUGUUUUUAAGCUCACUGUUGUGUUGGUAAUGUAAAUGCAGUAGGCUUGUGUCCUUUGCCUACUGUAGAAAAAUAAGUAGAAAAAAGGAGAAAAUUAAGAUGGGCUGUUCCAAUUUUGCAAUUCAGGUUGACUGACAUAGAAGAAAAAUCUGCAAAUUGUAUUUGGAUUAAUACUUGGAUCAAGGUAUUUAGAUAUUGACAACUAACUCCAAUUGAAUUGCUUCUUUUUAACUUUUACAUGUGUGCUUAUUGUAACUGUUUCCUGAUAUUUGUCUUUCUAUUCAGAUAGUGAUCCAUGUUCAAAUGGGUCAUUUUCAUCUCUAGUAUAGUUAUUGACUGACUUAGGGAUGCAUUUGGCCUCCAGUCUUUUGCCUGGUGCUCAUGGCUUAUUAAUUUCCUUGUCACUUUCUUGAUUUCUCAGUAGAAUUUAUGUAGAAAAGCAGUCUAGUGAAGUUGUCUUGGUCUAUAACUAAACUGAAGCUUUGCCAAUCAAUGUUUUGACUUGGAAAGAUUCUAUAUAGAUUGCUUCCCUAUAUUUGGAGAAAAAAAAGUAUUUUAAAAACUGUAUAUUAACAUAAUAAACUGCUCCUUGUGUCA